UUGUGUCGCACUUCACUCCAGGCACAAGUCAUCAGCAUAGUUCUCUCGGCCGCCGUACUCACAGAAAGCCUGUUGCAGAAAAACGUUUUCCGGUUGUUAAUAACAACACACAAACGUUUUGAUUUAGUGUUGGGUCUGUGUGUGAUCAUGGCAGAGUACACACAUGUAAAAUCCACCAAACUGGUCCUGAAAGGUUCAAACGAUAAAAAGAAGAAAAAGAACAAAGACAAGAAGAGGAAACGAGAUGAUGGAGAAGACAAGCUGGAUAUUGUUGGAGGGUGGUGGACGGUGAAGUGCUUCGGUGAGGUCACAGGCACAGUGGCCAUUGAGAUGCACAAAAACUCCUACAUUCAUGCACUGGACACUGGACUCUUCACUGUAGGAUCUCCACAUAAAGAGGAUGAAGGUCCAGAUCCUCCUGAACAGUUCACAGCUAUAAAACUCUCAGAUUCCAGGAUAGCACUGAAGUCAGGGUAUGGGAAGUAUUUGGGUAUAAACUCAGAGGGAGUUGUUGUUGGCCGAUCAGAUGCCAUAGGCUCCAGAGAGCAGUGGGAACCAGUGUUUCAAAAUGGUAAAAUGGCCUUGCUUGCUGCAAACAGUUGUUUCAUCUCGUACAGUGAGAGCGGAGACAUCGUGGCCAAAAACAAGACAGCUGGAGAGGAGGAAAUGAUCAAGAUCCGUUCAUGCACAGAAAGGGAGGUGAAGAGGAAAGAUGAUAUUGCAGAUGAAGACCGAGGCGAUGUCAAGAACUGCGAGCUCAAUUAUGUAAAGAAGUUCCAGAGUUUUCAGGACCGGAAGCUGAGGCUGAAUGAGGAAGACAGCGGUUCACUCAAAAAAGCCAGAACAGAUGGAAAGUUCCAUGAGGCACUGCUGGACAGGAGGUCAAAGAUGAAGGCUGACAGAUACUGCAAGUGAAACCAGAAGAAGCACAUCAUCAUUUUUACAUCUUCAUGGAAUUGACAUUUUAAUUUCACAAUUUUAACUUUAUUCUUGCAAAUGCAAGUUACAAACUCAAGCAAUUCUGGCUGUUUUCUUCAUAUUUGUCAGAUACAGACUUCUAGUCAAAAAUGUGAGAAGUCUUGAGAAAUGUAUAUCUCUGAAUGUAUAUCUCUCAAAACACAAUCAUACAGUCAAGCCCAAAAUUAUUCAUACACCUGGUCAAUUUUGACUUAGUUACUUAAAGAAAUAUUUGUACUUAAAGAAAUGUAUUUUUUUUUCCAUGAUGGAAAUGAAUGAUGCCUCUUGUACAUCGUAUUAUCUUUGGAGAAGCCUGUGUCACUUUUAAAAAAACAACUUAAUAAAAAUAACUUUAAGUCCGAAUUUGCCAGCAGUAUGAAUAAUUUUGGGCCUGACUGUAUAUCUGCAGGGUAUUUUGUUGUUUUAUUAUUUUCUUUAUCUUAUGAUAGAGACUAGCUUCCAGAAUUUUUUCAUAUUUUUUUGUAUUGAUUGUAAAUGUCAUUCAUUUCCAAAAAUAAAUGGAUCACAAAUUCA